AUGUCGCACGGAGGACGACUGAGCUCCGUGCUCCGACUCGGUGAACCGCACAGCCAGUAAUCGUCGACGUUCCCGACGCAUGCCGUUUCUGCCUUCACUUGUGCGACCCGGGCCGCGCAUCGCCCAAGUUGCCGACAGAUUGACGGAUUCUGAGCAUCAACAAGUGGCGAUCGGAUCGCGCUAUGGGCAAACUCGGAAGUCACUCGACUUGAAAAGCCUACCUCGCCGGGUUAUACGAGUCCAACAGUCAUAAUAUAUUACAGUAAAAAAAGUAAAAAAAGGAAGAAUCAACAAUCUUAGCCGGUUCUUUCUCUCGGCCACUGGCAAUGACCGUGAUUUUGGCACUGCACGAGACCACCGACUGAAAUUCGAUCACGAUUCGCGCCGCGACUUGUCUUGCCACUCAACAACUAUACAUCUUGCUCUCCCCUGCCCCCUAGCCUUUCACACCUCAUUCUCGAUUAACCAGUGAGUACUAGACUCAUACCCUCUCUGCACUCGUGGUUAUGCUCUGAUCGCCACCCUUGACUUGCUUCCCAUCUCGGCGACCUUUCGCCCUCGCUCGCUCGCAGUGUCAACGACGUCACCGUCCGCUUCGGCCAUCGUGCGCGCCGUCUUCAGCGUAAAGGGCCAAUACGGUCUCAUGCAAGUACCAGCCCAUAUUUUGCGGGAUUGCCCUCUUCAAGAUACAAUCUGACUUGUUCGUUGUCCUCCCUCCUUGCAGCCUCGGUACGGUGCUUGGCUCGACGAUCUGGCACUCGUUCCUCGCCGGUCCCGUGAGUUUACGCACACAACCAUAGACUUUCGAGUCCCCCCACAACUCACCUUCCCCAUCUUACCACGCCUCCCCCAGCUGGCCUACUCCCACCUCCCGCGCCAACAAUUUGGCAACCUCCAAUCCAAACUGUUCCCUCCCUUCUUCGCCCUCCAAUCCGCCGGAUCACUGGCCUUGUUGGGGCUCUACAAGAGAGCAGGCCAUGUCCUUUCGCGACAUGAUUCGACGAGUUGGGUUCUCGGUGGGAUGAGUGUGGCGGGUUUGUUGAACUUGUUGUUGGUGGGACCUUGGACUACGGGUGAGGAAGCUAAAAACAUGGAUCUGGCCGGGGGUAUGAUGAAUCUGACCGUGUCCGGAAGCCUGCUCUCACAGCUAUCAUGUUCCGUCGUCAUCGCGUCAAACGUCUCGAAAACACGACCUACUCUGCACCUGACCCUUCCGUAAGUGCAUCUCCUCCCCCAAUCCCUCCGAUCUUUUACGGUUCGAAAAUCUUGGCCAAAUGCCCGCCCGCCCUCUGACAACCUUCCUCUGCUGCCCCUUACACAGUCCAAGAUGAAGUCGCUCAACAGGCGCUUCGCAAUCGCGCAUUCCGUCUCGUCCCUACUCAAUCUCGGGUUCGUGUUCGCCGUCGUUGGGCAUGCGGCUUGGAUCGCUCAGAAUGGGCUCACGAUGCUGUAA